AUGGCCGACGACAGCGGCAUGGACUGGGAGCCCGGCGUCGGCGUGCGCUCGCCGUCGCAAGUGCUCAUGUACCUCGAGGAGCAGUUAAGCGGGUACUCCACGCCGACCGGCGGCGUCACUGGCUCUGGUGUUGCUGCCAGCGCCGAGCACGCCCCCUCCCCCGCCGUCACGCCGGCACACAACGCCGACACCACGGCAACCCACUACCUCGUUAUCGACACCAACGUCUUCCUGUCCCGCUUCGACGAGGUGCGCGCGCUGCAUGACCGCCUGGCGGCGAUGAGUGUCUCGGCGUGGAUAUUGCUGCCUGGGCGCGUGGUUGCUGAACUCGACGGCCUCAAGUCGUCAAUCAAGCCCAACCCCUCCCCUGCACGCCCCGACGAGUCGCUGGGCGAAACUGCGCGCCGCGCUACCAACUGGCUCUUGAGCAUCGCGCGGGGUCAGCUCCGAGGCGGACGAGGGCGCGUGCGCGGGCAGAAGCGCACAGAGCAGCAGGCGGCCGCGAGCAAGUUUGCGCUCGCGUCGCAAGGUGCACGCGAAGGCGACGACGACAUCCUCUUCUGCUGCCUUUACUUCGCGGACCUUGGCACGCCCGUGUCUCUGUGGACCGACGACCGGAUCCUCUCGCUCCGCGCAGAGACGGAACACGUUUCUACAUUCCCCGCAAACGAACCGCUCCCGGCCAUUGCGCGCAGCCUCGGGGUCGAGUGGAAUGGCGACGAGUGCAUGGAGAUCGACACCGAGCCAAUAACAGACGCCGAGAUUAACGAGUAUCCAAUCUUCGACAGGACAGACCUUGCAAUGCCACCGCCCAACGCUCCGCGCGAGGGCAUCAAGCCCGGCGAGUGGGCGCGAGAGGUCGCCGCGGCGCGUGGCAACCAGGGCCCAGCGCCGAGAUCGGCCUUCGCGUCGGCUAUGAGCGCCGUCGCGCGCCAGCCGCCCCCAGGCCCAGUGACGACGGCCGUGCUCGCGACGCCGCAAGCGCUCACGGGGCAUCUGGUCGAGCAGCUCAACGCGCUCGACUCGUCGCUGCCGCCCGGACACGAGCUCCAGCGCCCGCUUGCCCGCUCGAUCGCAUCAGCCCGCACGCUCAACGCGUUCUUUGGCCCGCCGCCCGCGCGCGGAGAACGCCGCGUACGUGCUGGCGAGACGGCGGACGCGUUCAUCGUGCUCGCGCAGCAGCUCGCCGUGAUCGGCGUACCCGGCAUCGAUGUGGCGCAGUGGCGUGCCGUCGCUGACGGCGUCCGAGUCCUGUAG